CGGAAGUUUACGUUUUUAAGCCCUGCGGAGUGACAGAAGGAUGCAAGAUUGGUUUUAACAGCCUCACUUUUUCUUUCUUUUUUUUUUUCUCCAAGUAGUUAUUUUAUCAUAUGCGCCGACAUUCUUAGGCAUUGUAUUAAUGUAACCUUUUGAGCAUGGCUGCGGAAUUUUUAGUGAUGUUGUAUGAGUAUUCUCCUCUCUUUUAUAUUACUGUCAUAUCAGUAUGUUUCAUCAUCACUGUGGCUGUAGUGCUGGGCUGGUUUGGAUUCGAUGUACCGGUCAUUUUGCGUAGCUCUGAUGAGACUGAGUCUUUCACACCUGUUCCUGAGAGGAAGAUGAUGCAGUUGACCAAUCCCUUCUCUUUGGAAAUGGGCUCUACGGCAGGUACAGUCACUGAUGGUGUGAGCUUGCGGCCGUAUUGCCUUGAAGACUGCGUCCUCAGCUGUUUCUGGGGUUGUGGGGUUCAGGCUCUCCAGGCGACCCUUCAGAGUCACCAGCGAGGGCCCAGACUCAGCACCCCAGAGCUGUUUCAAGAUACUAUGGAUUUCAGCUACCACCACUGCCAAAGCUUUAAAAUACAGAAAGAGGAAAGAGAGGAAUGCUUCACUCAGAUGCCUUCAGAUCUGGGGGUGAGCGAUUUUGGGUUGCUGCCCCGGGAUCGAUACCCCAUAGUGGCUGUGUUGACACUGGCCAAUCCGGAAACAAGGGACAACUACAAUAUUGUGGCUAGUGUGACUGUGCUCCAUGUACCUGAUGAUAAAUACAGACUCUCUGCGAGAACCUUGUUCCAGUAUCUUCUCACAGCACAUGGAAACCUAUAUGAUUUAAAGCCUCUUUUCAUGUCAGCUGACAACAGCAACGUGUCUGGAACCACAGAGCCUUUAACCAGCACACAAGGGGCGGGGCCACAACCUGAGGGUCUAGAUGAAAAUGGGGAGGGGUCCAAAUCAGAAGGGGAGUGGCCAGAUACUCAAGGCAGGGACUGUGUGGUGUGUCAAAAUGCACCAAUAAACAGGGUUCUGUUGCCAUGCCGACAUGCAUGUGUAUGCGAUGGCUGCAUGCACCGCUUUCAGCACUGUCCGAUCUGCCGAGCAUAUGUCCUUGAAUCUUUUGCUCUGUCUAACCGAGCAUCUCACGAUGAAGAAGACUUAAUGGAGGAUUAAAUCUGUCUGAACCAAGUUUUAUGAGCAAUUCCUUGCUGGACUAAACACAAAAGGAAACGGUGUAGCAUCUAUUAGGUCAAGAGAUGCAGGCAGCUUCCCUUUAACUAUUUAUGGACAUUUGUUAUUGUAGUAUUAGAGAAGUAAUUUUAGGCUUUUGAAAUUGAGUGUGCUUGUGAAAUGUGUUUAAGAUUUUAUAUGUUUCUUGAAUAGAAUAUUUAUUUUUUCAAUAUAUUGUUUAAACUAACAAAUACAUGUUUCAAAAUGGGUUAAUUGUGGAAUUUUCUCACAUAAGGUCUCCUAAAUGAAGGGAUAUCACCAUCAGGGCCGGUACUAGGAUUGCUUGUUUCUUUGUCAGACUGGGGUAUCGAUCGAUCGUUUUGCCAUCUAUCUAGAACUGAGAGGGCACAUGGAAAAUCUAGGGGGGUAUUGCCCCCCACUCCCCUCCUCAAACAAGACACUUGAUGGUAAUAUAACAUUAGAAAUAUAACAAUAAUACUUUCUAAUGUUGACCAAGCUAUUUCGGCAACAUAAAAAAAGUUAUGGUCUCCAUGGGCAAAACACAGUUUAGUGAAAUAACAUCACAUUUAUACUUUGCACAAACAUGGUGUAUUAUACAGGCUUGUAAUCCAGCUUGGACUCCAGCUUUUUAGAAUCUGCCAACUUCCUCACAGCCUUCAUGAAAUCCUCCUGAGUCACAU